AAAAAAAGAAGGUUGGGGGCGUUGUGUGGUUGAAAAUUGAGAAUCUGGGGGGAAAAAUGGAUAUUCGAGGGAUGAGCAUGAUAACGUCAUCAUGGCGGAAUCAAAAACACAGUUACUACUGUUCUACCAGAGAUCCAAAGCCACCUUCUCCACAAAACGGUGAUGAUCGUAACAACAAGAACAACAACAAAGAUAAGUUUUCGACAGAUUGGGACAAGGCAUGGUCAAGUUUCAAGAAGCAAGGGAAAAAGAGCCUGUUUUCACAGUUUACCCCAAAUAAGUAUGUAAGCUGGAACCCUAGAAGAUCCAACUUUCCAUUAUCCGAAGAGGUAGAUCCCAUCAAAAGGGCAGAAAGAUCAAACUUAAGUUUAUGGACCAGCCCGAGUUUCACUCUUGGGGGUGCAAUUGUCAUUGUAACCUUUCUUCUUGUUUACACCAUUCUUUUUCCCCUCAAGUAAAGACACUCGGAUCUAGUUUCAUAGGAGAAAGGUCUGGUGAUCGACUGGUGUUGUACAUAAUUCAUGUCUAUUACUAUAUAUGCGUAAUAAUUCAUGUCUAUUAGUAAUAGUAUCAUGGAAAUUACUACUGGAAUGUCUAAAGUUGCAAGUUCAUGCAAUAUAUAUGUAACUAAUCUUCUCUUUCA